AUGCGCCAAGGAAAUAACACCCAGACACGGGUGAGUGAGUUCAUUCUGCUGGGACUGUCCAGUGACUGGGGGACUCAGGUUUCCCUCUUUAUCCUGAUCCUUACCAUGUACUUGGUGACUGUUGUGGGAAAUUUCCUCAUUAUUCUUCUGAUCAGACUGGACAGCAGGCUUCAUACCCCCAUGUACUUUUUUCUUAGUGUUUUAUCCUUGGUGGACCUUUGUUAUGCAAACAGUAUUGCCCCACAAAUGCUGGCCCACCUGCUGUCAGCCCAGAAGUCCAUCCCAUUCCACAACUGCGUGUGCCAGCACUAUGUGUUCCUGGCAUCGGGCGGAUCUGAGUUCUUCCUGCUGGGAGCCAUGGCCUACGACCGCUAUGUGGCGGUGUGCCACCCGCUUCACUACACGGUCAUCAUGCAUGGAGGGCGCUGCCUGGGGCUGGCUGCCGGCUGCUUGGUGGCUGGUUUCACGAAUUCACUGAUGGAAACAAUCAUCACCUUCCAGCUUCCCUUGUGCCACAGUGUUAUUAAUCACUUUGCCUGUGAGACCCUAGCGGUGCUGCGGCUAGCCUGUGUGGACAUCUCCUUCAACAAGGUCAUGGUGGCCAUCUCAGGAUUCCUGGUCAUCAUGCUUCCCUGUUUUCUGGUCCUAUUCUCCUAUGGCCGUAUAGUCGCUGCCAUCCUGCACAUUCGCUCUGCGCAGGGACGCCGCAAAGCCUUUGGGACCUGUGCCUCCCACCUCGCUGUGGUGUGCAUGUGCUUUGGGGCGACCAUCUUCACCUACCUGGGGCCGCGCUCAGCCUCCUCAGUGGAGGAGGAGAAGAUGGUCGCUGUGUUCUAUGCUGUGGUGGCACCUAUGCUGAACCCCUUGAUCUACAGCUUGAGGAAUAAGGAAGUUAUGGCUGCUCUCCAGAAAGUUUUAGAGAAAUUGAGAUGA